AAUUCUCAAACAUCUUGAGUUCCAUUACAAAACGUUAAUCAAAAAUCAUCUGAUCUACGAGUGCAAAAUUUUCAAAAACAAGCUACAGCUGGUUAGUGUUUUACUCGUUGUAAAAAAAAAACAUUCAAGGGGACAGCCAAGCAACCAAACACCAAAUCGACAAUUUGUUCAACAAUAUGCAAUAAUAGUAAAAUAAUACAUGAAUGUAUGAUAACAGAAAACUCGUAAAGCAAAUAAAUGAUAACGUUAAACAUAGGAGAACACGUAUGGCAAUUGGAGGCAACACUCAAAUGCUAUACAACAAACAAUUCCGCAAAUGGUUUUCUUUUGAAAUCACUUCGCUCCUCCACAUCCAAGACUUUGCUGUUUUAGUUUUAUACAUUUUAUUUUUGGCUAUUAUUAUUAACGCACAAAAAUGUCUACGGCCAAUGAUAAUUCGAAACGUCUGGGACGUUGGUAUUUUGGAGGUAUCGCCAGUGCUGGAGCAGCAAUGUGUACACAUCCACUGGAUUUGAUCAAAGUGACACUGCAGACACAACAAGGAAAGCUAUCCGUUGUCCAGCUAACGGCCAAAGUGGUCAGGGAACAAGGUGUCUUUGCCUUAUAUAAUGGCCUAUCGGCUUCGAUACUGCGUCAGAUGACAUACUCAAUGACCCGCUUUGGCAUCUACGAGGUAGGCAAACCAUAUAUCAACACUGACACCUUUGUGGGCAAAAUUUCACUGGCCGGUUUGGCUGGAACUUGUGGUGGCAUUGUUGGCACACCUGCUGAUAUGGUGAAUGUACGCAUGCAGAAUGAUGUUAAGCUCCCGCCUGAGCAGAGAAGAAACUAUAAGAAUGCCUUUGAUGGCCUGAUAAAGGUUUAUCGUCAUGAGGGUUUCAAACGUUUGUUCUCAGGCGCCACCACUGCAACCGGAAGAGGUGUCCUAAUGACUAUCGGCCAAAUUGCCUUCUAUGAUCAGAUCAAAUCAAUGUUGCUGGAAACGCCCCACUUCAAGGAUAAUCUGGUGACACAUUUCACUGCUUCUUUGGCGGCUGGAGCCAUUGCUACAACUCUAACUCAGCCAUUAGAUGUGUUGAAAACACGCUCCAUGAAUGCCAAACCCGGAGAGUUCAAUGGGCUCUGGGAUAUUGUAAAAUUCACGGCUCGUUUGGGACCUCUUGGUUUCUUUAAGGGUUAUGUGCCAGCCUUCGUGCGUCUUGGUCCCCAUACGAUAAUCACAUUCGUAUUUUUGGAACAGCUACGUUUGAAUUUUGGCGUUUUACCCCAGCCAAAGAGCCAGUAAACUAUGGACAGUUCUGCACAGUGAUAUCAACGAAGUAGAUACGCUGGCCCCAUGUGUAUCCGAUGUGAAAUAAGAGAAACAAUAAUUAUAUUUUAUACGCUUUUUGUGAAGAAUGGAAAACAGAACGAACAAAUUUUUAUAUAGAAUCAGUAGUAGCGAUUGUUUGACCGACCGGCCGACCGACUCCAUAUAUAUCAUUAGAGUAAAUUUACAAGUAACUUAUACGUAUAUGUAAAAAAUGUUCUUUUUGCUUUUGUGUUUCUUUUAAUUUUCUCUACCCUUCACAAAUAUUUUGCAUUUUUAACGGAUAAACAUUUUGCUUGGCUACAAAUGUACACUUUCUUAACACCGACCGACAACAAUGAAAAAUAUAUAUGUGAACAUUUUUGAGUCUUUGUACUUAGAGUAAUUUUACGAAAUCAACAACAAACAUUCCUGCUGAAAUGAGUACUAGUUUUGUAAUUUUAAGUUAAUUAAGUUUACUGGCGUUAAAUGUAGGCUACUGCCGCUAGUUUGCUGCAAAAGCAUUCGUGAUAAUCCGUUUCUGUAACUGUGUAACUUCAAGCGCACACAUUCAGUUUAGAUUAAUUGAUGAAAAGAAAACAUUGUUUUAUUAUUUUCCCAUUGUUUGUAACAAACAACAAUAAUAUUGUUCCCACAAUUGUAUAGUACAUCUUUGUUAGCUAUUGAAAUGGUUUAUGUUGAGUGUUUUUUAUAUGUAUGUGUGUCUUAUUGCAAUGCUAUAAUUUUUUGUUAAAACUGAAGAC